CAUAAAUUCAUACAUCUCUUUCCCAAGUCUUUCACUCCAUGCCCACUUCUUCUACCACUGCCACACUUCCCUCGUUCCUCAUUUUUCCAAAAAAGUACAGACAAGUACGUGUUCCUGCACCGAUUUAUCAUGGCUGAAUCCUCUAUGAACAAAAGUUGAUCUCCUCGGACUUUCGAGUGACAUGACGAAAGGAACCCAUCGGUAGCUGGAAAAUUGAUUGUGGUACUGCAAAUCACAAGAUUGAGGCUGAUAUGCAAGUAGAUGUGGCUGAUGAAUUCACGAUUUCUUGUCUACUAUUGGAUGUUUAUAACUGCCGACAGAGAUGAGGAUUAGACGGCAAGGGAAGAUUUGAAAGUUAUGAGGCUGGCCAAGUAAUUGAAAAAGGGUAAGAUUUGAUGAGGGGUGAAAAGGGUGGAGGAAAUGGAGUUGGAGUCUUCUGGUGCCUUCUUCAUUUUCAUUUCGGUUUUUGGCAUUUUUUUUCCCUGAAAAUUAUGGUUAGGAGUCAGGCCCUUUAACAUAGUGAAGGGCGGUAAUUGUUAUUAUACAAACCUGAGGGGAGCUUCCUGUAAUUAGGCUAAACCUCAGGGAGAUAUGUGACAUUAUCGCAUAUAUGUUAUACACAUGCAAAACAUUCUUGCUGCUUGUUUGCAUUUCCUAAAGAAAUAUAUUUGUUGUAGAUAAUCAGUAGGUGGUGGAAGUUUGUUUCUGGACGGUAGAAUGGGAUCCGGAUCAGCAUCAUCAAACUCAAAAAAGUCUUUGACAUUCAGGGUGACCAGACAAAAGCCUGAGCUGGUCCGUCCGGCCAAGUCCACCCCUAGGGAAUUCAAGCUCCUCUCUGACAUCGACGAUCAAGAGGGUCUUCGCACUCAACUCCCCGCCAUCCAUUUUUACCAUAACCAUAAUAAUGAUCCCAGGAUUAAUGGGACCAGGAGGAGAUUAGACCCCGUGAAGGUGAUCAGGGAGGCUAUUGCGAAGGCUCUGGUGUUCUACUACCCGUUUGCAGGGCGGCUGAGAGAAGGCCCCGGAAGAAAGCUGAUGGUUGAGUGCACGGGAGAGGGUGUUCUGUUCAUUGAAGCCGAUGCAGACGUGACGCUGGAGCAGUUUGGGGAUGCGCUUCAGCCUCCAUUCCCGUGCUUGGACGAGCUCCUCUAUGAUGUUCCUCACUCUGGAGGAAUCCUUCACUGUCCUUUACUGCUUAUACAGGUAACUCGUUUAAGAUGCGGUGGUUUCAUCUUCGCACUUCGCGUAAAUCACACCAUGGCUGAUGCUGCUGGACUCGGUCAAUUCAUGAAUGCUGUGGGAGAAAUCGCACGGGGAGCCUCUGCCCCAUCUAUACAGCCAGUAUGGCAGAGAGAGCUCCUCAAUGCUAGAGACCCGCCAAGGGUGACGUGCACCCACCACGAAUACGACCAGGUAGCUGACACCAAGGGAUCCAUCAUUCCCCAGGAUGACAUGGUCCAUCGUUCUUUCUUCUUUGGCCCGGCAGAGAUCUCAGCGCUGAGAAAAUCGAUCCCUCUUGACCUUAGUCGCAAGUGUUCGACGUUUGAUGUUCUGACAGCCUGCCUCUGGCGCUGCCGAACCAUCGCCCUCCAGCCUGAACCUAACGAGGAAGUCCGCGUGAUGUGCAUUGUUAAUGCUCGUUCCAAGUUCAAUCCUCCCUUGCCCCAAGGAUACUACGGCAAUGUUAUAGCAUAUCCAACGGCGCUGACGACAGCUGGAGAGCUAUGCAACAAGCCUGUGGGAUAUGCAGUGGAGCUGGUGACCAAGGUCAAACGUGUUGUGACAGAAGAUUACAUGAGAUCUGUGGCUGAUUUAAUGGUUAUUAAAGGGAGGCCUCAUUUCACUCUGGUGAGGACUUAUCUUGUGUCGGAUGGUACCCGGUCUAGGUUGACUGACGUGGACUUUGGUUGGGGAAAGCCGGUGUAUGGGGGGCCGGCCAAGGGUACUGUUGCCAGCUUUCACAUACCCUUCAAGAACAAGAAGGGGGAGGAAGGAAGAGUAGUUCCUAUUUUUCUGCCGGGUUUGGCAAUGGACAGAUUUGUGAGCGAGCUGAAAAACUUAUUGUUGAGCAACAAUGUCCAUCGUGGUGCCAUUACUGAUCGCUCCAUCUCCGUCAAAUCAGCCUUGUGAACUAACUUUCUUUCUGUCCCUGAUCAAGUCCACCUCUGCCUUUCUCAUAUCAUUCGGAUUGAGUAUAGUUUCUACCAUUUGUGAUCGAGCGAGUGGCACAAUCAUUCUAAUUAGACAAAAACACGUCUCUUCUUCUAUUAUACCUCCACAUGAAUGCUUCAGCCCAAAUUGCAAAUAAUUCAUGUUAGUUUGGAUC